UGACGUGCCCAACUUUGCAUGUUUGGAAACUGCGUACUGUAAUAGCAGCGGGGGGGGGAUGUGUUAUUGUUUUGUUGUGUAUGAUGUUGUUAUCCAUAAUUCAGAAGUCUAAAGCGUUGCUUGGUGUUGGAGCCAAUACAGAAGGUUUAGUAAACACCGUGGAAGGAGCAAAAGGACAACAGAAUGAUGUGCCCAAGCAGACAACGAAAUUUGCACCGGAAAUAUCCACCGAACAACUCAAGGAAAUUGUUUACGAUCACAUAAAGACAAUUCGGGAUCCUGAGAAGCCAGCCACCCUGGAAGAUUUGCAUGUUGUUGAUGAAGAUUGUGUAAGAGUUGAAUGUAGUCCAGAUAAUGAUGUGUACUCAGUUCAUAUUGAAUUUAUUCCUACUGUGCCUCACUGCUCAUUGGCUACUCUUAUAGGCCUUUGUAUUCGCAUAAAACUGGAAAGGAACCUUACAGAAAAAUUCAAACUGGAUAUCAGCAUAAAAGAAGGGACACAUUCUACAGAAGAUGAAAUAAAUAAACAAAUCAACGACAAAGAAAGGAUAGCUGCAGCAAUGGAGAAUCCAAACCUAAGGGAAAUUGUUGAAUCUUGCAUUGAUGACGAAAAAGACUGAAGUUAUAUUGUAAAUGGACUGAUGAUUUUGUUUUUUAAAAAAAUAAUGCGGAUGUAAGUUAUUUUCUUGAUUAAAAGUGUGAGUUAACCUAA